CGUUACGCCCUAUCUGAGAGAAGACUCAACCAAUCGCAAAUCACCAUCUGUAAACAUGGCGGCGGACUUCAGGUGGAGAUGUGCUGUUCUUUUGCUCUGUGCGUGUCUCAUAUGUAUUUUAGCAAUAGACGGUAAAAACAACAAGCCCAAGAAGAAGAAAGAUAUUCGGGAUUACAAUGACGCCGAUAUGGCACGGCUAUUGGAGGAGUGGGAGAAAGACGAUGACAUUGAGGAGGGCGACCUCCCGGAACAUAGGCGGUCCCCUCCACCCAUUGACUUUUCCAAGGUAGAUGCUUCCAAGCCAGAAGAGCUGCUGAAGAUGUCCAAGAAGGGAAAAACUCUGAUGGUGUUUGCAACUGUGUCGGGAGAGCCCACAGAGAAGGAGACUGAAGAGGUGACCAGUCUGUGGCAGAGCAGCCUCUUCAACGCCAACUUUGACAUUCAGAGGUUCGUGGUGGGCUCCAACCGGGUGAUCUUCAUGCUGCGCGAUGGCAGCUUUGCCUGGGAGGUCAAGGACUUCCUGGUGGCACAGGAACGCUGUGCAGAUGUCACAGUGGAAGGCCAGGUGUUCCCUGGAAAGGCUGCCAAGAAAGAUGAAAGUGCUGGAAGCAAGACAAAGCAGCAAAAUGAUGUGAACACCAAAAAAAAGGGCAAGAAGUCGUCAGAGGGCAAGAAACCUGACCUGGACGGCAACAGAGCGAGUAAUGGCAAGGAGGAACUGUGAAAAGCUGAUCUUUGAUAGGAGAGAGAAACCCGAGGGAUGGGAUUGGCUCAACAAUUACCAGGUUCUGUCAAGAACAGGAACACCCUCCAACUUCUUUCAUUUAAGUAUUUGUAGCUCUGAAGCAGUCAAAUUGAUGGGAACAAAUUGGGGUCAGCUACUGCCUAGCCUUUCAUUGAGUCUAAAAAGCAAGAUCUCAAUUGCAAAUGCCUCUCAUCCUCUUUUCAAAACCUGUUUAAGGAGAUCAAAAAGGAAUGACAACUGUCUUUCUUAUGUAGUGGGGUUUAAGAAGUGAGUGGUCACAAGGAACAUGCGGUUGAGAUUUUCCCUUGUGGUGCUCCUACCUAGAUCUACAGGUACUGAACUGGCUGGGAAAGGGGAGGGGCAUGGGGGAAAGGGGAGGGGCAUUUGGGGAAAGGGGAGGGGCAUGGGUGCAUGGUUCAAAGAUAACGGAGUAUGAGUCAGUUUUGUGGAAAUGUGUACUCUAUUACGCCUAUUAAAGUUAAGGUAUAUGGCUGCUGACCUCAGAGCAGAUGUUUAACUGUAGCUUUUAGGUUUACAGUGUUUUUACACCCGUGUGACUGAGUCUAAAAGUCAACACAUUAGUUUAUACUGUUUGUCUAUGACCUGUUUAUUUUACAGUGAUGCGGUUAUGUCAGAGAACUGGUGAGAAAAGAUUUUGAUUAUGAUACCCACUAAUAUUUGAAUAUGACAGAGUACAUUUAAGUCACUAAGUUUUUCAGAGAAGGCAAGUGUAAUACAGGACGUGACUUAUACACAAGCUGGUUUUCCCAGAUGUGCCAAAACCACAGAUUUACAAUGAGAAAUCCUUAAACCAUUAAAGUUUUUGUCAAUUUGUUUGUCAAUUUGGAAAUGUUACUACAAAUUAUACACAUUAAAGAUUUUUGUCCAUAAUGUCUUUCUACUCCCUAUAUAGUACACUAGCUUAGACCAGAGAAAUAGGCCAAAAUCAAAAGUAGUUCACUAUAUAGGAACUAGGAUUUGCACCCAGAUAACUGUGAUUCUUUUUGAAUGUUUAUUCAUUGUUUUUGUUUUGCAAAAUACAGUUGUUAGACCACAACCAAUUGAUUUUCACAAUAUUACAGCAUAAAUUUGAGUUUUUCCAUCCUGUGAAAACUUAUCUUUUUGGUUAAACAGGCAAUAACAUAUUGUGUUGUAUGUGGAGCAGAGAAACACAACCCCUCCAUACAAAUUGUCGAUUGUGUGUGUGAACAGAGAGGCAGUAUUCUUUUCCCUCUCAACUUGAUUUUACAAUAUGCUUUUUCUCUCACCUUUGUCAGACUGUCAGUCACAUCUUGAAUAGAGUUGAGUGGGAACCAAUUUGGCUUGGAAUAAAUGUUGCAAUGUUGAGUUCA